AUGAUGUGUCGAAAAUAUUUCAACAGUGAAAUGGGAAACGAUGAGAGCCCCAAGGCGUCAGUGGAUCGGCGAUCGCGGAGUAGAUUGAAGUCCACUAGAAGUCAGCGUCGUGGUGAUAGCAGUCGCAGUGUGCGAAGCCAUGCGAACCACCAUCACCAGACCCGCAGUGGUCGCUCGCCCAGCCGACGGUCGCGCAGCCGUAUGUGUGUGCAGUCACGCAGUCGCGCUGAUCAUCGCAGGCACAGUCGUGCCAACUACCGGACGCGCAGCCGCAGCAGCCACCGAUCGCUAAGUCCUACCAGUCACCGUUCACGCAGCCGACCUGUACACAGCAGGGCCGUGCAGCGUGGCCAUACUGAAACCAGCCAGAUGCAACGGCAACAACAGCAAAGGUCUCCCCGACAAGUUUUAACACCAGACAGCGCAGUAAGUCUUAUUAGAAUGUCAGAUGUAGAAAGUUUAAAUGUCGAAUGGAUUCCUGAUAAUUCGAUACCACCUCUGAUAGGAUUUGGCAACUCAAUGGUUAAACCAAUAGGUAAAUUUUUGGCUACAGUUAAAAUUGAUCAUGCUAGUGCUUUGGUAGAACUGGUUAUCGUACCGGAUGAAGUACUGAAAGAGCCGUUGCUAAUUGGUAGAUCAUUUACUGAACAACCUCACAUAAUGGUUGAAAAGGAUAAUGUAAUGUUGAAAAUAUUCUCAAAUGAAAUAGCACCAACACGUAUUAAGUAUAACCUUAAUUGCUCCAAAGAUACGAUAAUUGACGGACUGACAUUAGUAGAAUUUAGCACAGACCCUUCAUUUACGGGCGAUGUUUAUAUUGAGGGCAGCAAUAGGUUCAAAAAUGGGGAAGAACACUAUCUGGUACAAGGAUUGUUUUCCAUUGUCAAUGGUCUAGAUAAAUGUGAUAAGAUACCAAAGCUGGAAUCACAUCCACAACUAUCGGCGAAAAGAUGCUCAACGCUGAUUGAUGGCGCGUUGACUCCUGAGCGACCUUCGGCGGCAGAACUAUCUGGUCUUCUGGAUCCGGAC